CACGGCGGGGACAUUCAAAACUAUGGCAGGAGUAUCGAAUAUAUUUAAACUGACAUUAAACUCUGAAGACAUGGAAAUCCCGUCUACUAUUAACAGCGAAGAUAACGUGAUAGCGAGGCGCCUGUCGUUUUCUUCGGAAAAAUAUGUUAUUACAACGGAGGAACCAAACAUGACAUGUAAAGAAGUCAUAACGUUACAAAGUGUUCCCGACGACACAAAUUCAUGCGCACCGUCUGCGGAAGUAGCCCAACAACUUUCUACACUAGCCGUAAACACAUGUUCUAACGCGAAUAAUGAAAUGGAAUUAAAAGAUGCCUCCCCUAACCAUCGACUUAAUUCAAAACAGCAGAGCGUAAACAACUCAGAGGACAUGGAAAACGCCGCUUUACCGUCCACACCCAGCCUGCCCGAUAACAACCAAGAAGAGGACAUUUCUGGUCAGAGCAGUGUGACUGCCUGUCAACAGCUCAGUAACUCAGAGGACAGUGAUAUGGAGGUGAUGAGACGAGCGCAGGACAAUGGCUGUGUGAACGUGGUUUUCCCUGGAACUGUGACUCAGGAAGGCUGCUGCCGCUUCGUCAGUGAGAUCCUCAAGUGCAUCCUCUAUCAGAGACAGCAACUGCCCAUGACAUAUGACCAGCUGGUGUACUCCCAGAAGAAACAGCAAGCCUCCAUGCAGGAUGAAGACAUAGUAGCUCGGAGGCCGGGGCAGUCUGCAGACGUGAGCUGGCGCAAGUGUCAGCAGACCCUUCAGGAGCUGGAGGAGGUGCUGCAGCAGCUGGAGGUGCUCUUCUCCCUCAGCAGGGUGCCCCGUGUGCUGCUGCUGAUGGGUGGCUCCCUCACCCUCCCCAAAGAGCUGUAUGAGAUCAACAUGGAGGCCCUGGUAUUGGCUGGUGGAGACAAAAGUUUACGGGUGUCCGCAUGCUUAAGGCAACUCUUCCGGACUCUGUUUGUGGCCGACCUUUUGUCGGACACCAAACCUGUUCGUUUGAUUCCCACCACCGUCUUGGUACUGGCCCACAGGGACUGCGGCGUAGGGUGGUUCCGCCCUAAACUACAAUUUAAAGUGCCAACCCGUGUAAAGAACCAAAUUAUCGCUCUGUCUACUGAUCCCAGCACCUGCAAGGAACCAAUGGCCCAGGGGUCCGACUGGGAGGAUUAUGUGUGGUUUCAGGCACCCAUGACCAUCAAGGGCUUCGGCAAGUGACAUCAGGAGUUGGGAAGCACAUAGUCUGAGAUGCGGCUCUCUUUUUGGAGCCGGUUUCCUACAAUUUAAUUGUAUUGGUGGUUCAAAGGAAUUAAAAACUUGAAUUUUUAACUGACCUGUCCGUAUUUUAAUGAAUUAUGAGUAACAUGUUUUCUACUUGACACUUAAAAACAAAAGUGUGUUUAUUGACGCCGGCAGUGAGGUGUAUUAUCCUCUUUUAUCCUCUUAUGAAAUACUGAGAUAAUUUGUUCUUAGGAACCUUUGUUGGCAUAAUCUGUUUGAGCACAUUGUGUAUUGUUUAUAUUUCUGAAGAAUGUUUUGCAGAAAACACUUGCUAAUUGGACAUCAAACAUAAAACAACACAUUAAUGGUGCAACACAUUUUUAAAGAGCGAGAACUUGAAGUGUCUAUUGUUUUAAUCAUUUUAAUUGCUUUAAUCUUAUCUUUAGAUAUAUUCAAGUGCCAGUAUCAUCUGUGUAUAUGUUUACAUUUUAUUAAAACGUGAAAACGA